CCCAGGAAUACCUGGACCACGUGGUUCCGAGCGGCAGUUUGAAGGGGGCAGUUGGUGGGUGCUGGAGCACCCCCCAACAGGGCACCAGCGGAGGGACACAGCCUCACAGACGCUCACAAGCAGGACUGAUGAGAGGGUCCAAAGGCAAGAUGGCAGACCCGACUCUAAGUGCAAGCUCUCCGCCCCUCAGUGUUAUGCCUGCCAAGAACCGUGGGGUGUGGCAGGGUCUUCAGAGGAAGGGCAGAGCCGGCAGAAGCAAAGAUCCAGGAGACACAGAGGGAGCAGCCAGCCAGCGAGCUCUGUCCCCAUUAGACGCAGCAGAAUCUUCAAACCUCAGAGCGAGGAAGCAGUGGAACCUAGACACUUUAGGCUCCCAUCCUCCAGAGACCUCCCAGCAGCUCCGGAGCCUUGGCACCCACAGCAGGUGGAAGGUGGAGCUGGACAAGCUCCACAGGGAAGCUGCAGGAGACCGGGGGCAGGUCUAUUCCCAAGAUGCCUCUGCUGAUCUGAGUGAGAAACCAGGGACCUCAGCUGCAAUGCGAACCUUUCAAGACUGGAAGAAAGACAACCUCACCCGGAUUAAAGAGAGGGCAAAGUCCCUCCGCCUGAAACAGCUGGAUGUGGCCAAAGCAGUCGAUCUUCUCCAUGCCUUCUUCCACCAGUUCUUUAGCUACCUGAAUGAAUGUCCCGAGAGACCCUACUUCAGGGAUGUGAGAGAACUGACGUCGGGGAGCAGCUACAAGCUCUUGCACCCGAAUGAGUUUGACGUGCUGCUGAGCCUGCCGAUUCCAGAUUAUAUUCAGUACGCUGAGGUGGAGGGGUACGAUGGGCUCUUCUACACCCUGACUCUGCUGAGAAAGUCCCGCAGCUUUCCAGCCGCCUUCCUGCUGGAGGACGGGCAGACUGUGUCCCCAGGGAACAUCAUGGCGGAGUUCCGGCAGCACUUGGAUCAGUUCAUCAAAGUGUUCUACUCAGUGCCUUUUCCUGGAUGGCAGAUGAGGCUGGAGAGGAAAAAGCAGAACAGCCCAGCGGUGUCCUUGGUGAUGGUGGACAACCGAGGUGACACAUUCAUGUCUAUUGACCUGGUCCUUGCUCUGGAGAUCUCUGGCCAAUGGCCCAGUUCAGACGACAAAGGGAUGGACAUCAAGCAAUUGUUGGGGGAGAAGGAGCCAUAUCUGAGGAAGACCCUCUACUUCAUUGCUAAACAGGCCCCUGGUCAAGAUAACAAAGAGACCUGGAAAAUUUCUUUCUCUCAUGUGGAAAAGGAGAUUCUGAAAAGCCACACCAGCACCCGGAAGUGUCAGACGACCACGUGCCGCAGGCCAGAAUGUUUGCAGAUGCUGAAAAGUCUUUUGGGAGCCCUGAAGACAGAGCACCCCUUGGAACUGGCUUCUUUGAGUUCCUACCAUGCUGAGACGUCUUUCUUUCACACGCUGCUGGAAUGGAAGCAGGACCAGGAUGGGAACCCCUCCAGUAUUGCUCACUGUUUUGAAAGGGUCCAGGCCAAUUUCAUUCAGCAGGUGGCAACCACUCAUCUGCCUCAUUUUUUCAUUCCCAAAUGCAACCUGUUUGGCACCAAAUUCUUUCCGCCCAAUAACUUGAAGUUUCUGCUGGCACGCUUAAGAGAGAAGCAAAAAAAGAAGCAGUCUACCACUGUGUCCCGAAAGAAGAAGGUCGCAGCCCUGCCACUGCUGGAUGCUGAUAUGAGCUGGCCCCUAAUGAUCACUGUGGGUCUGAUGGUUCUGGUGUCAAUUGGACUCUCCCAUUUCGGGUCAUAAGGAUUCUGAGCGUCUACCUUUCCAGUUGUAAGGACUGAAGGAGUCUGCUGGGAUGUUAAUUGUUAGUGAGGGUGGCGGGGAGGGGACUAGGAGCUGCACAAUCUACCACAUUGCAGGACAUAACACCGCUGUUCCUCUGACAUGAUAAAAACACACCCUGUAACAUGUUUAAACUAUGCACCUGAAUCAGGCACCUUUGCAGGGAUCUAGCCAGAUUCAGAAGUAUGGUAAUAACACAAUUCCAUCCUGUCUAUGCUACAAGACCAAUGCUACAGUUUUAACUGUGCUCUAACGCAGUCCUGCAACGUGGGCACUUUGGAAAGCUUAGCUACGCUCCAAAUAAAUCUGCUUGCCAAUGAAUCCAAUACAGUAUAUUAUUUUAAAACACAAUAAGCAGAUGUUGCUUUGUGUGUUCUGUCCUCCUGGAGGUAGGUCUUGUCUACACUUACAGUGCUGCAUCAACGGGAAAUCUUCUACCUACGCCAACGGGAAAGCUUCUCCCAUCAGCGUAGGUACUCCCCUUCCCCAAGAGACGGUAGCUAUGCCCAUGGGAGAAGCCCUCCCGUAGCACUGUCCACAUCUGGAUUUCAGCUGGAAUAACUGUGUCGCUCAGGGGUGUGGCUUUGCAGUGCAGACCAGGAUUUACUACACCCCAAAUUCACCAACAGCAUUUCUCCAAGUCUCUGCCACUCCCUGUCCAGCUGCUGGUACUGUGGAAUCACCAAAUCUCAGAACCCAGCCUCAACAGGAUUUGAAACAUGAAGCUGGCAUUUUAUGCACUGGCCGACACUCUCUUUAGUUACUAAUCACAAAAGCUGAAAAGUAUUUUAGCCAUCCUAGUUUUUCCACGUCAGUAACAGAAAUAUUGCGAAUGGAUCCAGAACUGGUGUGUGAUGUAAUGUAAAGGGCUCUUUGUCAGGCUGAUGUUUGGCCUCUGACCUUUUCUGGCGGGGCUGUGCUGUCAUGCUCCCAGCCCAGCGCCUCUGUCACUUCUCUCGAUCUGUCCUGAAGGUUUUCCUUGUACUUUCCUGAAAAUGAAAAAUAAAAAUGGAAACAAAGGUUUGAGAUGUUC